UUUGUGAUAAAAUCAAUGAAAAAAUCCGCCGACAACUUUGAGGUUAGGUCGACCUCAUCGCCAUCUGUUGGUGAUCGAAGAAUUGGCAUGGUACGAGAUCCAUACAAGUUUGCACAAUGACUGGAAAGUGGAAGCCUAAGCCGAAGAAAGUGGUGGAGACUUCCCUGGGCAAAGCCCCCAAAGACGCAGAAAAGGGGCCGGAUUUGUCCCACUUACGCAAGCCCAUCGCCACCAGCGUCUACGGGUUAAAGCAACUAGUGGCUUUAUUCCAAACAGCCACACCUGAGGUACAAGAGUACAUUACUUUUGAGUGCGACGUCCUCUACGAGUGUCGCUUCUGCAAGACCAUUUUCCGCAGCCUCGCCAAUUUCAUUCUCCACAAAAGGAACUACUGUCGAAACAAGUGGCAUGGGGGUGACCACAACGAAGGAGGUUUUGUCAUCAACGACGACUUCAAGACGUCAGACGAAGAAUCGCGCUCCACCACGCCCGUGGAGAAAAUUGACAAUGACAAAACCGAUAGCAAUGAUGGGGGUAAAAACAACAAGAAGGCCAUUCUACCCAUUAUUGACAAGUUGCUCAAGAAACAGAAAGUCAAGCUUCUGGCGAAAGAUACCCUCAAUGAAGAUUUGACAGCGAAAGCGGAGAAUUCCGACGAUGACGUCAUUUUUGUGUCAGAGGAGAAUAAUCUAGUUUUGCAGAAAAUUGAAAGCUCGAGGGCUGCGGUUUUUCAGACUUCAGUCAAGGACUGCGAGAAGUUGGAGGGCAGUAAGGAGGGGUUGAUGAAAGGGGAGAUAAUGGAAAUCCACGGCAUUCUCGACAACAACCAAGCCGCUCUAGGUUCCAACGGCAAAGUCUGCACCUUCGAAACAAACAAACUCUCAGACCCCAACAUUCCUAAACCUGACCUCGUCUGCACCGAGUGCAACUUUACAUUCUCAACCGAAAAAACCUUAACCCACCAUAUCAAAUACAAACAUAACAAAACGUGUACAGUCUAUCCUUGCCCCGACUGUAAGGAGACGUUCUCGAACGCCUGGAGCGUCUACCGACACCUGUACAAAGUCCACCGACGCACAACAAGCCAAGUCCGGCGCAUGCGCUACUUAGUACACACCAGUAGAAUCCGCAAGGACCAAGAACCCGAGAAAAAGAAGCGAAAGCUAAACGUAGAAGACGAAAACGAGGAGAACCAGUGGAUGAACAACUUCGAAGGCGACAAAGACUUCCAGAUGUGUGGCGGAUGUGGUAAACGAUUCGAGCGCAAAGCAGCCUUGCAUUCGCACUCCCAGAUGUGUGUGAAACGAAUCGCUGUAUGCAACAGCAUCAAGAACGUGAAAAGUGCGAAAGAGAAGAAAGAGAAGGUUGAAGAGAGCGAAGUUAAGUUGAAAGGGGCGGCGCGGAGGAAACAGAGCGUGCCGGUGAUAAUGCCAACUGCGCCGAAAGAAGACAAACCAGACAAGGACGAAACUGCGAAAGAAGAACGAGAAGAACCGAAGAAAGACGAAGUGAAAGAAGUGGCCAUCACGCAAUCGUUAGACGCAGACGUGACUAUAACCAGACACAGCGAGAACGAUACGGGGUCGAUCCUCAACGAGCUGCCUCAGCUUCCGGAGAUCGAAAUUUUUACGAUUUCGGACGAUUCGAACGACUUUGACCUUGAUAAACACAAACGGAAGAUGUUGCAGUACGACCGAAACGUCGAAGUGUGGGACGAGUUUAAAGAGUACGUCAACGACGAGGAGGAUUUGAGUUUCUUAGCACAGAUUAUGACGUAUGUGGACAGGACCGACCUAAAAUGUAGCCCGUGUGGGAUCACUUUCAUGUCUUUGUACAUGCUUUUGCGUCACAUGUCUUUACAUUUCUCGUGGUUCCGGUUCCAGUGCAGUAAAUGCAGUUUUAUGUCGUUCCAUAAGUACGACUGCACCACGCAUGCGUACAGCCGCCACAGUACUCCCAGUAAUUUAAUAGAGAGUACAGUGUUGCCAAUACCGAAGUGGAAAGUCCUGUGCACGUCGCACGAUUUUAAACACUUCAGCGAAAAUGAGGAUGUUGAGGAUGUGACGAUUUCGAAAAUGCCGCUGUUGGAGCCCGUGAAGGAGAAGGUGGAGACCAACGGGGUCGAAACGUCGGAGACGAUAGUGUUGGAGGACGACGAAAUGCCCGACAUCACAGAAAAUGGUUCGUGUUCGGAUACUGUUCUCCUAUCGGAUGACGAAAGGAAAGAAACGAACGAAAAGAAAAAGGAGGCGAAAGCCGGGCCUUCAUUGGUUAAUAGUAGACCGAUUAGGAAUAGAACCAGAAGUGUAAAAACUGUACAGAACGAUUUUAUUUAUGAUUUAGCGAACGUGCUCAAGUUUGAUAGUUCGACGAAAAACAAAAAAGCGAAGAAAAACUUGAGUAAAUAAUUUUACGUAUUUUGUAUUUAUGUUUAUGAGUAAAUUAGUAUGUGUUAAUAAAUUAUUACCUAAGA